ACAAUGCUGCUUGAAAGUUUUGUUGGGUUGCCAGAUAAGUUUAAGGUGAUCACAUGACUAAUUUAUUCUCUACUCGAUCUUAUCUUACGGUUAAUUAGAUCUUAGUUAGUUAAUCAUCUUGACAUCAAGUAGCUCAGACUGGCAGUGUUCACCUCCAGAUGGACUUUUUUGAUGAGACUGAUACAAACAUGUUCCAAAAAAAACUCCCCUUCUCCAUGAUGUUUUCUGACUGUGUGCGUGUGUUUCCGUGUCUUCUUAAAUCCCAAAGGGGAAAAAUCAUUUUAAUAUAUUCCCAUUUCCAUUCACUGUCAUGAAGGCAGUCCAUGUGUUUGCUCUGCAUGUGGGUCAUUGUGUGUUCGCGUCUGUGCGUGUAUUUAUAGAGAAGCUUUGAUGCUGCUGGUGGAGAAAUAUUCCACCAAACAUGUCACUCACCAGAUACCACAGCGUAGUUGAGGGAAAUUGUGAUAUUUUGGUUUCACCCUGAUCCGAGGAGUCCUAUUUAUCUAUUAUAUAAUAAGGCGCUGAGGAGGGAUGGUCAGAGUCUUGGUGAGGCUUUUAUAGGACAACAGUGUGGUAAAAGCACACAAUAUGUAUUCAACAGCUGCUCAUUUCUCUGUUAAGGACUUAAAUAUUGUUCCACUUGUGACAAUGAUUGUGUUACGUCCAUAGAGAGGACACACAGCUACAUUGUUGAUACGUACACAUUUUGAAAAACCGAGUACAGUUAUGUUGUAAAACAAAUAGUCCCAAGAGUUGGCUUUUCACUGACAAUUAACAGCCGGCCAAUUUUGAAUGAGCAUGUGUAAAACGCACACCUAAGUGCCCACAAACAACCUAAUUUACUGCUGUCAAAGGCGGCAGAAAUAGGCUUUCAACUAUAUAUUUCUAUAUUUAGAACUACUAGCCUUGCACACAGGUGUAUUGAUAAUGGAGAUGGCUGCUUAUCCCCUUCGUCAGGGUACUCCUGGUGAGAGUGAAAGCACUGCUCUUAUUUCCCUUACCCCAACACAGUAAAUAACUAUGUUCCUCAAAGUUCAAAGAAACAUAGAGGUAAAGCAGAUCGUGGCAUCAAAGGAGAAGAAUGGUGGAAAAGUGAGACGCACAUUGAGCAAAUAGAGAGACGAGAUGGACCGAUAAAUCAUUAGGAGAGAGUGGAGUGACAGGGGCGAAAAUGGACUAUAAAGAGGGAGACAACAUGGAACCCGUACACAGAGAUUUUAUGGACUCAGUGAGGUCACCCAGAUAUCAAACAGGAACACAGCUUCUCGCUUGCAUUUUUAUUGUAUCUCCCCGUGGAGGAUCACAAGAUCGGCCAUGUGAGUGAAUGAGGGAGUGAGGGAGUGGGCGAGCGAGUGAGUGAGUGAGCGAGUAUCUCGGCUGUCCGCGUCAAAUCUCUCAGGAUACCGCAGCGAAAUACAUUAGGAUUUCCCACGAACACACAUUCUCCAAACAACUUUUAUUGUCUAUUUCACGCUGCCUGCUGACUUCUCAGUCAUUAUAUAAUUCACCGGCCUGUAGGGACCUCUGCAGAGACACAGUUGGAGAAAACAGUUUGCCCAGCUGUCUUGAAACUAAAUACGCCUGCGUUGAUCGAAAUGAGAGUGUGUGAGAAGUGCCAGGGAAUAAAGAACGUCUUACAUACUUGUAGUCUCGAUAUGGGGUUAGCCAAUUGUGAUUUGUGUUAAUUUGAUCAAACAGAAUAUUUAGUAUUUAGUCUGAUACACAUAUGUCAAACGGGGCGUCCAGUGCGGCACGCCGCCGCUGUCCGUCUGGCCGUCCAGUGCGGAUUAAUCUCUGACUUUUGGGGUUGCGUGUUGCUCUGGGUUCCUCAGGUUAGACCACUUUCUGUCAUUAUGGUGUGUGAGUGGAGCCACCAGCAGUGAAAUACCUUAAUCACUUUAACCUGUCAGACAACUUCAGUCUUUUUUCUCUAGUACCCAUCAGUUCCACUUACUCGUUUGCUCUUUUUCUUUCCCUUCAAUUGCCAUUUUCUAUUAUCUUGACCUCUUUAUAUUCUCUCCACUUCUCUAAAGUGCGGUCAUUCAUGGACACUGAGUGUGAGCUAGUUUCAGAUAGCUGUAAAACAGAAUAUAUUGGUGCAAAGAUUCCUCUCCCUAAAGGCACAAAUCUGCUUCUGAAAGCUAAAUUUGAUUAAAUCCAAGCUGAAGGUGAACACUGCAUGAAUGCAAAAUUCCAGAUUAGCUUUUUCACUGCAAUGUGUUGUUAUGUGACUCCUUCGAGGGUUUGACUACUUAUGCAACGGAUUAGCACUAAUAAUGAAGCGUGCCCCUUUUUUUUAUUUCUGUGCUUUUAGAUGAGUAAGGUCAACAGAUCAACAUACGGGGGGGAGGUCAUCCCCAUUGUUAGCGAAUGAGAAAAAUGCUUCUCCGUGUUCCUCCGCCAUACCUUCAAAGGGCCCUCUCCAUUCGCUGAAAGAUCUUCAACCACAGAUCCGGCUAUCAUCCUCAUCGCUGUCUCCUUUGAGCCACAAGAAUAAGAAAGACAGAGCAUGGUCUGGCGUGGUGGCCGCUGUUGCUAUGUGUAAGGGACUGUUGUGGCGUCAAUGGAGACCGAAGGCUACAGUGACCUCCUGGAGACCAGCGAUGGUCAGGGGGUAGGCCUGCUGGAUGGAGGGGGUGAGGUGAGGAUGGAAGAAGGCUGGAGCACACCCUACCCCCUUGGCUUCCAAGUUUCUUUGACCACGGUGCUGAUGCUGGAGCUGGUGUUGGGCUUUAGCAGCAACCUGACCGUACUUGUGCUCUACUGUGCUCAGUCCAACCUGGUGGAUUCAGUCAGCAACCUGGUCACCGUCAACCUCCAUGUGCUGGACAUACUGGUCUGUCUGCUGUGUCUGCCACUGACUGUCGCUGUGAUCCUUCUCCCAGCGAGCCAAAGCGGAGUCGGCAGCCUGGCCACGCUGUGCUGCUUUCAUGAGGCUUGUGUCACAUUCACCAGUGUGGCCACAGCAGUCAAUGUGCUGGUUAUCAGCUUGGACCGAUAUGACAUCUCUGUGCGUCCAGCCAGUCGUCUGCUGACACCCAGGAGGGCAGCGUUGCUCCUGGCAGCAGUUUGGGUCGUGUCUCUGGCUGUCUUCUUCCUGCCCUUCCUUGAGGGGGAUUUCUUCUCUUCGACGGUUAAGGACAGUAAGGAUGAGGAGCUGAGAGGGCAGAACAAUGACUCUGAGUUAACCACUGGACUGAGCCCCAUUUUUUCAUCCAUCUCUCCUUCCUCCUUGCCCUCAACUCAUUCUUCCUCCCCAACACACCACCUGACAGUAUGGCAGAACAGGACGCUGCUGUGCGUAGGAGGUCAGGGGUAUUACACAGGCCUGGCUAUGUAUUACCACUUGUUACUCCAGGUGCCAUGCUUCUUCAUCGCUGUAGCCGUCAUGUUGUUCACCUACUCUAAGAUCCUGCAGGCCCUCAACAUUCGAAUAGGCUCCCACAUGAUGAGGAGUAAGCGUGCAAAGGACUCCACCUGCAGGAUACGCUGCAGGAGGCACAGGAAGAAGGAGCUGAGUCUGCCCACGGAGGUAGUGUCGUCCAACCAGAACCAGAAUCUCACCAAUCCACCUCUCAUCCCCUCCCUCACACCUACACCAACAUCACCCCAACCCCUCCGCUCCAUGCCACAGGCGAUGUCUGAUAGUGGAGCAACAAUAACUACUGUCAGUACUGCUGCCACCACCCCCAUAGCAACCACCCCGGCCACCCCUGCUUCUCCAACCCCAGUUGCAGCGCCAGCCCAGACCCAUGCCACUCCCCCGCUGCCCGCGUCCACCAUGGGUGUACAGGCCUCGGUUUCUGCCAUCAUCGCCCUGAGGCGAGCGGUGCGCAGGCACAGGGACCGCCGAGAGCGCCAACGCCGCGUCCUUAAAAUGUCCCUGCUCAUCAUAUCCACCUUCCUGGGCUGCUGGGCCCCUCUGUCUGCAGUCAAUGUUCUGAUCCUCUGCAUGGGCCCCAGUGACAGCCUGGUGCGGCUGCGCCUAUGGUUCUUGGCGAUGGCUUACGGAACCACUAUUUUUCAUCCCCUGCUUUAUGCUUUCACCAGGCAAAAGCUGCGGCGUGCCCUCAAAACACGUGUCAAGAAAAGGGUUGUGUCCCUUCUCCAGGUAGACCCGGCUCCCAGCGGAGGGACAGUUAUUCAUAAUUCCUGGGUGGAGGGGGGAGGCCAGAGGAAGAGUCGCAAGCCACGAGUGGAGGCCAGUGAUGGCACUGAUCGGUGCCUCACGGAGGCAGUGAGGGAAUGAGGCCGUUCUUCACUAUGUUUGCAUGUGUGUGUGUGUGUGUGUGUGUGUGUGUGUGUGUGUGUGUGUGUGUGUGUGUGUGCGUGUGUGUGAAUUUUUAUCUAUUACCAAUUUGCUAGAGAUGGAUCAUGUGUAUAUUUGCACAUGGAUGUGGGAUAAAACUGUUAGUUUACAAAGGUCAGGACAACUCCUGUGACCACUUGUUCCAUGCAGAUGUGGAACCAGGCGAGUCCAGGGCUUCAACCAGGGCCUUUACACGGCUCUCUUUACACGGGGCCUCGUUAGUCCACCUUCUGACUGACAAGGUGGCCAAAGUGUCUCCAUGACAACACUAGGCAAGCAUACACCAUAGCCAUGUAUGAUAAAAACAAUAGUGUGCAGUUGUAUAGGAUAAGAUAACAGCAAAUGCAUACAUAACUGCUCCUGCGUGCACUUUCAACUUGCAUGUGCAUGUACAUAUGCCACACACACACACACACACACCAAAACAGGCACACUGAUCUAUAUUUAGUCAUUAUCUGUGAAAGCACACCAAUAUCUACCUGCACAGAUAUUCUCAGUGAAAUCAAUAUUAAUGGAAGUCUAUAUUUCUCUUUAUUUCCUUCAUUUAUUCAUGCCUUAAUUGAGUUAUUAAUAUAUUCUUGUGGUGCUGAAUGUCCUGCUGUAUGUUUACAAUAAUGUAUCAGUGAUAGUACAGAUACUGUAUAUGGUAUAGCAUAUUAACAGCGGGUAAAUACCAGCAUUCAGAAGUUUACAAGCUUGUAUGAAAGUUCCAGGAAACUGCAAAAAAAAUGGAUUUUUAAUUGCAAAAGGCACCAUAUUUUGGAAGGAAUGUAUGUAAGUUAAAGCUCAAAGGCACGACUUUAAUUUUGAUUUAUUAAACAAACUGAAUGAGUAAAAGUCAUGAUGACAUAACCGAGGGCGUGUGAUUGCGUUUGUAUGUUUGCAUGUGUGCAUGUAGGCAUUAGUCUUUGCGUGUGUGGUUGCGUAAAUGAAUAAAGGAGUGUGUUUGCGAUUAUGUGCAAUAAAUUCUGAGAAAAGCAAUGACCCCUGGGAUGUGAAUAAAGAGAAUGUGAACACAGAAUUGAUGGUUUUCUACAUGGUUUAAAUUACUAGGGGGAAGAGAGAAGAAAGGGGACUUAAUCAUCUGAUUAACAGAAAGAGGCCAAUGGGCAUAUUAUAAAGGCAAAAUACUUUGAGCAAUCUUAACUAUAAAGGCUACAGUAAUACUGAAAUUGUAUCACCUCAGUUUUGAAGUGGAAAUCAAAGGGCAACAUUUUGUGGAGACCUAAUUAAAAGCUGUCUGUAGUCACUGCAGGUAAACUAGCAUCUUAUACCGGAGGUAUUCCAGCAUCGGGCAAAAGAAACUGGCGACAUGGGACAUCUCCUCGUAUUAGCUGCUGGUUGCUCUGCAAGUCGGAGUCACUGCUUUUGGCCAGUGAAUGACUGCAGAGGAAAUAAGGCCUCUGUCAGCUUCUGGACCGAGUCCUGGACAUGUUUCACUAUAUCCAUGUCUCUCUUUCUCCUCAGGGCUUCAUGUCUCAUUUUUCAAAGUGCUGGACAUAAAACAAUAAACCAGCCCUCAAUCAGCUGUUGUAUAAUGGGUGUUACAGUAGAUUUAUGCCAGUAAGUAGAUAGAGUACACUUUAAGCUUCAUUUGGGCUCUUGGAGAGCGUCUUUUGGAUUGGGGCUAUCUCCUUCAUCCUCAAACCUUUUACAAUAUUUGUGAGCCAGAUAACAAUACAAUAAUUCUUGUGUAUUCAUGUACAUUUUUCAGGGAUGUAAAUAUUGAAGUGUCUGUUUUGGGGUUUUAGUCAAAGAAGAUAGUUUUUAUUUUAGUCACAAUCAUCUGCCGGACAGAAUAUCAGCCAUUGUGAUGAACUCUAAAUGAAUUGGAAAGCCACUGUAACGAGAACAUACAUGUAUGUGUAUUUAUGUUAAUACUAUAUGUGUGUACACUGUACUGUACAUUUAUGAACAUGUGUAUAAAUAUUAGUAUUGUAUAAGAUUUAUAUUAUGUUGUACUGUAUAGAUCGGAACAGAAUCUGUAUUAAAAAAGAUGAUCUAAGAACUGA